CUCCUCCCUGCUCUGCCCACUCUGCCGCCUGUUCCCCCCUCGCUGCGCUGCGGAUCUCCCGAGCCCUACCGCAGUGAAUCCGUCAUCCCUCGACUCAGAUACCGAAAUACCAGCCGACGGGUCGGAGAGACGGUACCAGAACCGGCGACCUUCCCCGGAAAAAGCCUCCCUUCUCUUCUCCAUCGAGUGAAAUCGUGUGCGAGGCGCGGACAGCCCGACCGACAGAAUGGGAAAUGAAGCAAGUUAUCCCUUGGAGAUGUGCUCGCACUUCGAUGCUGAUGAGAUUAAGAGACUAGGGAAGAGGUUUAAGAAACUCGACCUAGAUAACUCUGGUUCUCUCAGCGUGGAGGAGUUCAUGUCCUUGCCUGAGCUCCAGCAGAACCCGCUGGUUCAACGAGUCAUUGACAUAUUUGACACAGAUGGCAAUGGUGAAGUGGACUUCAAAGAGUUUAUUGAGGGAGUCUCUCAGUUCAGUGUCAAAGGAGACAAGGAGCAGAAAUUACGCUUCGCAUUCCGGAUUUACGACAUGGAUAAGGACGGCUACAUAUCGAAUGGUGAGCUCUUCCAGGUGCUGAAGAUGAUGGUGGGCAACAACUUAAAGGACACGCAGCUUCAGCAGAUCGUUGACAAGACCAUCAUCAAUGCCGACAAGGAUGGAGAUGGCAGGAUAUCCUUUGAGGAGUUCUGUGCGGUGGUCGGUGGAUUAGACAUUCACAAAAAGAUGGUCGUGGAUGUGUGAAUGGACAGACGGCCCCUUCACCAAACACCUCUCUGCCUCUCUCUCUCUCUCUCUCUCUUUCUCUCUCUCUCCUUUCUAGCUCUCUGUUCCUCUCUUUCUCUUCUCUUCUCUGCUUUCUCCUCCAUGUCUGAGAAUCAGCUAACAGUGUCUGGCUAAUGCGCUGCCCUUAUUUAUCUCUCUAUUUCUUGCUCCCCCUUUAUUUCCCCCUGGUUUUCACUUGCUUUCUUUCUCUCUCUCCCCCUCUUAUUUUUUUUCCAAUGAAAGUAUUUUGUUUUGUGUGAUUACCCCCGCCACCUCCCAAAAAAAAACAAAAAAAAAAAAAAAAAAAGUAGUCUCAAGACGCCAAUCAUUCUAAGUGUUAUUGAGCAUCUUCUGCUAACGAUGUUCUGGCGUUUGGUAGGACAGCUGGAGAAAUGGCUUUUCUGACACUGAGCAAGCAUUUCAGUUUGGUGGAGGAGGGGAAGAGAGAGCAUGUGUUUAUAUCUGUAUGAGUGUCUGUAUGUAUGCGUUAGUUACGAUUUCUUUUCGUUUUUGCAGGGGGGACUUUUUUAUAUUUAUUUUUGGUCUUGUCUUUUUUAAAAGCGAGGAUGUAGGUGUACAGGGAAAAUUGUCUAAGCAGUUGAGACGUAACACGAUGUACUUGAUUUCAUCACAAACGCGCAGAUAGAGCAUCAAGUGCCAAUCAAGCAUAAAUAUAUAUAUGUGGUUUAUAAAAAUAGGUGAAUAUAUAUAAAUAAAUAUAUACGUAUAAAUUACUAUCUAAAGCUGUUUAAUGUUAUUGGGAGAUGUUUUUGGGCUCUGUCGGAAAGUACUGCACGAAAUACACCAACAGGAGUUUGCUAACAGGUUCAAAAAGUUGUUUUUUCAUUGGACGUCUGCAUCAGAUAUCACGAAACGAAAGGAGUUGAUUAGUGUUUUGUAAUACGGGGUGUGCGUAUGUAUGUAUGUGUGAGUAUGUGUGCACUGUUUAUACUGUCAGGGUGUUAAAAUGCAGUCCUUGCUUUCUGAUAUCCAGUGGAGUAGAAUAAAAUGCAAAAACAUUUGAAGUUGUGCACAUACAGACUUUAUGGUUUACUUUUAUGAUAUAGAUUUUUUUUUUGUUAGUUUUUUUUUGUUUGUUUUUUUUCUGCAAAGGUUUUUCAGCUGUCAGAUAGCGACACAUACACUGCUAUAGGAUGGAAUAGUGCCAUCUGCAUCCCUAUCAACAUUUUUUGUGUGUGUGUGUGUGCAUUUUGCAUUUAUCAACUUUUGCAACAUUACUAUAAUACAAUAAUAACUGAUUGUUUUUCCACUCAUCGUUCAAAAAAGUAUGUAUGGAGGAUCAGCACAUAGGCUACUGUCACACAUAUACCCCACAGUGAGAUAUGGUUUAUUUUGUUUGUAUCAGUUUUCCAACUUGACUGCAGGCAGCGUUGUAAAAAAUGUGAUUGAAUAAUAUUUGUAUAUUAGAAACUUUGAGGAAAGGGGACUGGAGGAUGGACUGCUCUGAAGUUGAAAGGAUAGCAUUUAUUGAAAACGUAGGCUAGGUAGCUACAACAUGGCAGACUAGUAAAAUGCAAAGUUGAGAAGUGAUCAUUACAGUUUUUUAAUUCAGAGUGAUUAAAGCAGUAGAAUCGGCUGUCGGAACUGAUUCAGUUUUCCCCAUAACCCCCCUUACUCAGAUCACUUUCUCAUGCUUUAUGAGCUAACUGAAAGGGGUCAGUGAAUUUAUAGGUGCGUCGAAAGAUGAAAACUGAUGGCGUGAACAACAGUGCAUAGAAAUAAAGUAUAACUUAAUAAAAGAAAACGGCUGUAUCGUAGCUUUUUUACGUUGAAACACUGGCUUCUCAGCACUCGCUUGCCGCUUUGCUGCACGAUUCUCAACUUGUAUUGCGUUAAACUCUGCCUCCUGUGCUGGGAUUGGCUAAUAGAGUAGUCUCCUCAUGGCUAGUAGUCAGUACUCAGAAUCUUCCUUAUUUUCAAUACCAUUUUUAACAUCAACUUACCAUCACGUUACUGUACUAGCUCAAUGGCAGAUGUAGCCGUUUUGAAACCAGAACAAUAUAAUACUUGAAAAUACUGAAAAAUUCAAAACAAUCAAGCUAUUUAAUCUGGAAUUUAUGUAGUAAGCUACAAAUGUGCUUACAGCUACCUGCUAUACAUGACUGCUGAUGCAGUUUCAUUACUCUUUUAGCUCGCUAAGCUAUCAACACAGCUAGUAACAACAAAAAAGGAGUAAUGCACACUGCAGUUUUCAUUGUAAACCUGAAGUUUAAGUAACACAGCAGUUAUUAAAAAAAAAGUUAUUGUGCAUUUCAACCUCUCCAGUUUGCUUAGCUUGCUAAUUGUCUAACUGCUGCUAACCUAGCCGAGGUCAGUUUCGUUUGAAAAAUCCACUGGUCGUUGGCAAGUGGUUUUGUUAUGCGUUUCCGAGUGGUGAGGUGAGGUAUGUGAGGGCAUGUAUUGACACAGAGGAUUAUCCUGUGUUCAUGGCCAAGUGGGAACUACAGACUUUCAGACUCUGUUUUAACAGCCAACCAAUCCCUAGUUACCUCUUGUUUCUCAUCAUUUUAGAAACUCACCAGAAAUAUAUUCAACGCAAGUACGUGAACGCAGAUGACAACGCUUGGCCAGCGCUCUUACAUUUACUGUGGCAGGUGAAACACUCAGUACUCAAGAGUGCGAUAUGUAAGUUGGAGUUUGGAGUUUGGAUUGGAGUCACUGUCAUUCCAACAUAACUUCUAAACAUGUGAACAGUAGAAACGUGUUAGGUGCUUCAGUCUAAAUGAUUGAAUCACAAUCUGUUCAGUCAGAUUGAAAAGAUGAGAUAUAUGGAUUGACAGCUUGGCCAGGCUUGGCUGCCACUAUAGCGCCCCUUGCUGCAAUGCUCAGAAUGCAGCUUGUGUUGCGUUAUAAAUUGCAUGCCAACGCUUUUUAGAACGCAACGACACACAAUAACCUGUCUGCAUAGCUGGUCACAUCAGUGUUCGCCUACUUUUGUGAAGUAUCUUUUUGGCCUUAUGCUUUUUAUGCAGAUUUUUAAUGUUUUUUUUGCAUACAAUAUGCUACCUGUGUAUGAUAUUGCUAAAUACGGGGAGAUGCCUGGAGAAUUGCAAGAUCGCGUUGUUCUGAAACAAGGUUUUUAAUCAAACUGCGUGCUGUCGUCAUUUUCCGAGCUAUAUUAACAGUGAAUUGCCAUUGACUGUAAAAAUACAUGAAGUGUGUAAAUAUACACCAUUCUGGUGUAAAAGAUUUUUACUGAGCUUUUUAUACACCCACAAGCAGCCAAACAAACACUAGAUUGCUGUGAGCGUUCGUUUCUUCCCAACCUCACAUCGCUAAAGUUUAGUGAACACUUUGAGGUGAAAAGUAGGAGGUUCUGGGUUUUCAUAAACGCCGCCUCGGUGGAAUCGAUUAAGCGAGUAUGAUCUAGAAGCCAAUCACAGAGCAGGAGACACUGUUACUAGCCAAUCGCAGUGCAGAACUCGAGGCAGCCAAUCACAGCACAGUCUGCAUUCUAUUUGUUGAAAUAUGGUUGAGGGAAUUUUUUUGAAAUCUUAAAAUAUAAACAAGAACAAAUACAAAGUUAAAUUUAAAAAUAAGGCUUUCUCGAUCUCGUGGCCUGGCGUGCAUGCUGGUGUGGCAGUAGGUCGAAUGCACAAGUGCAGAACGGCGCCUCUCAUUCUCUCUCUUACAGUUUUCUCUCUUUUCUCUUGAAGACUACAAUUUCUCUCUCUCUCUCUCUCUCUCUCUCUCUCUCUCUCUCUCUCUCUCUCUCUCUCUCUCUCUCUGCUGCACGACCGAUGGCUCUUAUAAACGUCUUUUCCGAAUAAGACCUGUUAAGGUCUUGUGAUGUGCUUUGCAUGAUAAUGGGAGGGUGUCUUUUUUUCUUUCUCUGUUAGUAUUAUGAUCAUUUAUUUUCUUUCUUUUUGUUAUGCAUGUAGGUCCUACUUUUGGAAAACGAUCCUCUUGUUUACAUAUGAAUCGUACAAUUGAUAUUAUAGGCUAUGAAUGACAGUUACAUAUAAAUAUAUGGAUGUUGCCAAACUUUUGGUAAAUGUUUUCAAUAUUGAAAUGAUAAAAAAAGUACUCCACUACAUGUAUCCAUAAUUCUUAUGAUAAUGAGAUGAAUAUAAUAAUCUAAAUCAGUGUCACAUUAAGCAAGGCUUUACCUUUGCCCCCUCUUGAAGCAGCAUGCUGUUGAAAAGGGGGUCUCCUUUUCUUUUUUUUCGUUUUCGUUCAUGAUUUGGUCGAAUUGUUUUGUACAGACUUUGUUAUUAAUACCGUAGUACGAUUAGUGCUCCUUGCUUUGGAUUUUCAGUGCUUUGUAUAACUUAAGUUAGGGGUGGAUGGUUUGUUAUAUCUGCUAUGAUAUCGGUGAGACGGUGGCGGUUUUUUGGGGGAAGAAAAGGGAGGUUUUGAAACUUUGAAAAAAAAAAAACAAUGUUUCAGUCUUAGGAUUUUCUGUUUUUGUUUAGGCCUAUUCUUCAUCUCUGCAUGCUGCGUCAUAUGCUGUGGGAACCAUUGAAAUGUCACUCAUGACAAUGAGAAAUAAAACAUUUGAAACUUGUAAAA